AAUUUGUACAAUUCAUAACCGUACUUUCAACUUAUUUUUCACCACAAAUGAAAUGUAAGCAAUUGUUUUCCUUGAUAUAAAAUGAUCGAAAUGUACUCAGAAAUUAUCAGUACAAAAAGAACUAUUCGGGUGUAAUGCAUGUGAUAGAUAAAAAGGCUUACCAAACCGCAAUGAAUCCAAAAACAAAUCUUAAUGUCGAAAACGAUUCUGGCAAACAACCUGAAUGGUUAGAAGCAGUAACUUUUGAAAAUGCCGCCCGCACGUAUGUUGGAGAAAAUUUUAGCAAAAUUGUCAACGCUCGAUCUGAGAGUAACUCGAGUAGUAACGCUAACUAUUCCUCUUUGUUGCUCCGUCUCCACCUGGAUGUAGAACUUGCAGAUGGCAGUUUAAAAACAAUUACCUUCGUCCUUAAAACUCCACAUAGCAACGAAAUGAUGUCAAGGGUAAUAGAUCUAUUGAAACUCUUCCCGAAGGAGGAAAAAACAUAUCACAGUAUUAUACCGAAGUUCGAAGCGCUGUACAGGCAAGUGGGCAGUGAUAUUAAAUUUGCCCCCAACGCGUAUCAAUUCGACCGCGACAUAGGUGUCGAUUAUGUUUUACUGGAGGAUCUACGUCCAAGAGGUUACAGAAAUGCUAACCGAAUCAAAGGCUUAGACUUGGAACACACCAAGCAUGUGCUCCAGAAACUUGCCGAAUUCCAUGCGGCAUCCGCAUGUUACGUGGAACACUUCGGAAUGUUACCCGAGGAAUUCACUGUUGGAGUUUAUUCAAAGAAUAAUGCAGAACUACUAAAGCAGUUUAAUUCAUCUAGCGCAUUUUUAACGCAAUUAAAAAAGUGGAAAAAUUGUCAAAGCUACUAUGAAAAGUUGGCUGACAGUGACAGCUACUUGGUAGACAGUCUGCUGCGGGACCAGGCUUAUAAUCCCAGUGAAUUUAAUGUACUCAACCAUGGCGAUUGCUGGGUGAAUAACAUUCUAUUUAAGUAUAAUGCGUUUGGAAAAAUUACGGACACUCGCUUUAUUGACUUUCAAGUAGGCAAAUACGGCUCGCCAGCUAACGAUCUAUACUAUUUCAUACUAUCUUCCACCGCCGCAGACAUCAAAGUAUCACAUUUUGAUUAUUUAGUUCGCUACUAUUUCGAUAACCUGGUCGAGAAUUUGAAGGUUCUUCAAUAUCACAGGCCUUUACCGAAACUUCGGGGACUCCAUGCAGCAUUGCUGAAACAUGGACUAACAGCCUAUUUAGUGGUCUCUAAAGUAUUGCCCGUCGUAUUGCUGGAAAGUAGUGAUAAUGAAAGCAACAAAAACGGAAUGUAUACUAAUCCAAAAUAUGUUGAGUCCGUAUCGGAGAUUUUACCAUGGUUGGAUAAUCGCGGAUUGUUGGACUGGAAGCAUCAAGUCAACAUGACACCAAAUACCACAUCGGCACCAGACGUGAACCCCAACGAGAACCUUCAUAUACCGAAUUGGGUCAAUCAGGAUUACUUCUUACCAAUUAUCAAAAAUGAUGUGGAGGAUUUCCGUAAAAUAAUUAGUUUCAAGUCUUACGCUGCUACUGCGCCCGGAGAGAAUUACUGUUCGGUCAUGUUACGGGUCAUAAUAGAGUUAGAAUUGAAAGAUUCUAACUCCAUGCAAAUAAGUUAUAUUUUGAAGACAAUGUUGGACAACAGCAACUCCGGUUCCGUAAUUGCAAAUAAUAUGAAUAUGUUCCCCAAAGAGAAACAUAUGUAUUCGAUCAUUCUCCCGAAAUUCAUGAAGCUAUUUAAAGAAGCGAAUGUCGAUGUUCGCUUCGGACCCACUUGUAAGUACAGUGAGGAAACACCUGAGCGUAUUACCUUGGUUUUGGAAGACCUCAAAAGAGCAAACUAUGUAAAUUGCGAUCGGCUAAAAGGUUUGAAUAUGGAGCAUAUGACUCGAGUGUUGCAAAAGUUGGCCGAAAUGCAUGCAGCUUCAGCAUGUAAUUUCGAAGCGGAAGGAUCUUACGGGGAAUUAUACAAGAAUACAUUUUUUACGGAAACUAACCGUCGCAUUUAUUUACAUUUACAAAGAGCUAGAGAUCCCGUAUUAAGAAAUGCGAUGCGAGAGUGGCCGCUCGAUGAUAUCGAAGAUUAUAUUGCUAUCCUUCCGGAAGGUGAACAGAUUUUUAAUGCGGGCUUACGUCUAAACGAUGCCGAUCCUAAUGAAUUCAAUGUCUUAAACCAUGGUGAUUUAUGGACAAAUAACAUAAUGUUUAGAUAUGAGCUCGACGAAAUCCAAGAUGUCCUCUUUAUUGAUUUUCAACUCGGUAAAUGGGGUACACCUGCAAUGGACCUUUGGUAUUUGAUUAUCACUUCAGCAGCAAUAGACAUCAAAGUAAGGGAGUUUGAUCAAUUUAUUUAUAUUUAUCAGAAACAAUUGGCAAAGAGUUUGAAAAUAUUAAACUACGCAAAGCCGAUACCCAGCUUGAAAUAUUUGCAAAUGCAAUUGUUGAAAUAUGGUUCUUGGGGAUUCAACACAGCUAAGUCUGUUUUGUGUGGCAUUCUAUUACCAACGGACAAGGAUGCCAGUUUUGAGAACUUUAUGAAGCCCGGUCCAGAGGGAGAUGCACUUAGGCAUAAAUCGGUCAGCAAUAAAUAUUACUCAAGUGCUAUGUGUGUAAUUUUACCAUUCUUAAGGCAUAAGGGCUUGCUUGAUUUCCAAAAUGCGUCAGCAAUGAAUUUAUAAAGUUCUGAUUAAUAAAUUUAGUUAGCUAA